UGCCAGCCAAACGUCCUGUCGCCUCACGUGAAGGUGAAGCUCAGAGAAAAUUCUUUAGUCUUCAGUGCGUGUCCCAUCAAAUUGGCAAUGGCAAUGGCCCGGCGGCAAUUCUACACCAGUCGAUGCAUAAUACAUUUUCACAAAACCUCCAAUAAAUUGUUUGCUGUUUAUAUGAAAACGGCAAAUCUAAUGCAAAACUUUAACGUGCUCAAGCGUUCGCUAUAAAGCAGCAGCAGCAGAAGGUGCGUUGGUGGAGAAGGGGCGAACAACGCCGCCAUCGCAGUCUCAGUCUCUGCUGCCGUUGCGGCCGCCUAGAGUCACCAAUAAUUUGACAGCAUUCGCGUAUAUG